CAUGGCGUCUGUCUCGCGGACAAAAGACGAACGUCUCUGACGGUGGGCUCAAACCAAUUACAAUAAAGAGGAAUUUUUUUUAAACAGGGGAAACUUAAUGUAAUUACGAGUGUCCGGGCGCAAGGGAUACAACACAGAAACCCUCAUGUUACAACUGACAUCUUUGGACGACUGUCUACAGCAAUAAAGAAGGAUGUUCCAGCAGUGUGAGGAGCCUCGCUUUACCAUCGAGCAGAUCGACCUCCUGCAGAGGCUCAGGAGGACGGGGAUCGGCCACGCUGAGCUCCUCCAUGCCCUGGACACCUUGGAGCACCUCGACCGCCCUCAAAGGCGCGACUCAACCCACCGCCUGUCUUCCACCGCCGCCACUCAGACCGUCUUCCCCGACAGCCGAUUGUCGCCGAGUAGCUUCGAUGUAACGUCGCCUGUCGCGACAGCCGUUCAAACCAAUGGGAAAAUGUCGCCACUGCCCAGGUUUCCUCUUGUAGGCUACAGCUACGAGACUGGAGAUGAUGACACGGAUGUUGAAGAGAAAGUGGAAGACUUGAUGAGGAGAGACACUGGCGUCAUCAAGGAGGAGAUCAAGUGCUUCCUAGCCAACCGGCGCAUUUCCCAGGCCGUAGUCGCGCAAGUGACGGGAAUUAGCCAAAGCCGCAUCUCGCACUGGUUGCUGCAGCAAGGUUCCGACCUCAGCGAGCAGAAGAAACGAGCCUUCUUCAGGUGGUACCAGCUGGAGAAGACUAGCCCCGGUGCCACGUUGGGCUUGCGUAGCGCCCCGUUAGCUCUGGAAGAUGUGAUGAUGGAUUGGCAGCAGGCUCAGCCCACAUUUUCCCCCGCUCCAGGGGGUUUCCGCCUGCGCAGGGGCAAUAGAUUCACCUGGAGGAAGGAAUGUCUGGCCGUCAUGGAGAGCUACUUCAGCGACAAUCAAUAUCCCGACGAAGCGAGGAGGGAGGAGAUCUCCAUGGCCUGCAAUGCCGUCAUUCAAAAACCAGGAAAGAAGCUGAUGGACUUUGAGAAAGUUACGCCUCUCAAAGUGUACAACUGGUUUGCUAACCGCCGCAAGGACAUGAAGAGACGUGCCAAUAUUGAAGCCGCCAUCUUGGAGACGCACAGCAUCGAUGCCCCCAGUCCCGGAGAACAGUCAAAUGGCGAUGACGGCGACGUCAACGAGUUCCCCGAACAGGUUCCCACACUGCUGCCUAGCUGGAUGGUCGUCCUGGGCCGCGGAGGCUCGUCCGAGACGAAGAGUUCGGAAAAAACUGCCGACGAGGUGGACUUGACGUUGGUUAGCGACAUCAAGACGGAGGCGAUAGAAGACGACUGAAAAGAGCAGCAGAAGCAGCAGCAGAAGAAGAAGAAGAUGGAGAAAUGAUGGAAUGGAAGCGGCGAGGUUCCAGAAGUCUACCUUGCUCUUGCUCCUGCGGUAAGCUGACAGCGUUGGACGAUGGCGGCGUUGGCGGUGAGGGACAGUAGGUAGAGGGAGACGAAGCCGGACGCGGAAGUGUGCGGUGAUACGCAGACGGCAUGAAGAUGUCUUGCUGACUCUCCCAGCGACCCUAAAAACCACACAAGUGCAGUGUAAAGAAGCUUUGGCAAAUUUUGUCCAGUCCAUUUGGACGUUUAUGCCAGUCAAUGGCACUGAAAGAGAUAAUUCAGCAUGUACAGUGGGGAGAACAAGUAUUUGAUACACUGUCAAUGGGUUUUCCCAUUGGCAGUGUAUCAAAUACUUGUUUUCCCCACUGUAUGUUACCUUGUCUUCCAGCAGGCAGGUGGUGGACAAGUCUUGUCUACUUCCAGACAGCUGCGAUCAGACAAUAUAUUACUUUAUUCCAGUAAAUCUAAUCAUAGUUGGUAAAUUUAUGACUUUUACCCUGUUAACAGAUGGAGAACUCAGACUUCGCCGGUUGUUUCGUCCUCUGGCGGCGAGUUGCUCCUUCACCGUCACCUCCUUCAACACACGAAUAAAGAAGUGUUCAUGCCAAUUAAAAAUGAAUUACAUAUUUUGCUUUUUUUGUGUGCGUUAAGAAAGUACAAAACUCACCCAAACAUUAUAUUUUUGAAACAUUAAGAAAAAAAAAUCUCCCAAAUAAGUUAUUUGUCAGUCCUGAACCAGAAAUAUUUAGGGGGCUAAUGAUUUUGCAGUACAUAAGAGUCAUAUUUUAGAAAUUUUGCAAAGCCUGGUGGUAGAGAAGCCCACCAUGUUUUUUCCUUCCAUCCAUCAUCUACCGCUUAAUUGUGUGUGUGUGUGUGUGUGUGUGUGGGGGGGCUGCAUUUGAAAAAAUGUUGAGUCGACAAUAUUUUUGAAAGUAUGACUAUUAUGUGUUAUUAUAUGCUAUUUAUUAAGAAUACUUAAACGUAGAGUGUUACAAAAAGGCAGCCUUGAAAUACAAUGUUAACAAACAAAAAUUCAAUGAAAUUCAGUGCAAUGGCAAAGUGCUGGGACAGGGUUUGCCAAUUAAUUUGACCAUCUUGGGAGGGAUUGAAUAUGAAAUGAUCAAAUGAGGAAAUGAUAAAUGACAUGUGACUGGAUAGAUUGUGAAAAGACAGGACAACAUAUGAUUCCGAGGAAAGGAUGGGAAAUGAAAUGAUUAAAUGUUAUUUUUGGUAGCCCUUUUAAUUUUUGUCGUAGUCUUUUGGACCAAUAUACUGAUUAGAUUUAGUCAUAUUUUAGUCAUUUCAAAUUGUGUUAGUCUUCCUCUAGUUUUUGUCCUUGUUUAUGUCCAGAAAUGAAUAACAAUUUCAAAUGGACAUUGACAGACGAGCAUAUAGUAGCAUCCACAAGGACAUCGCUAACUUGGUGAUAAUAAUACACAUUUAGCAGGAAAACAGUACGUUACUAAUAGAGGUGUGCAAAAUUUCCGAUUCUUAGAUUAUUCGCGAUUCGGCCGUGGAAGAUUCGAGAACGAUUCACAAACAUCCAAAUUCCGAUUAUUGAAAUAUGCCAAGUAAAGCGGAAGUACAACACACUCAGCGCGCCGCGCGGUCAAUGAGCAACGGAGCGAGAGUAGCUAAACAUCAUGCUUCUCAUUACCCAGCCCCUCGGGUAAUGCCAAUGCUCAACUCACGGCUCUAGCUCAACUCAUGCCACGAGAUAAAAAAACACAACAACAUACCUGAAGCUGCUACAAAAGUACGUUAUCCACAUAAUGUUACGGUAGAUAUCAUUUAUAUAAGACUAGAUGCACUACGGUAGCGGUAGCUUUUGUAGCACAUCUACAAAAAGCUAGAUGCAGACGUAGUAAAUGGCCGCCAUCUUAAAUCAGUACACUUCUCUGCAAGGCUGUUGUAGCGAACCUUCCAAGCAAACCUAAUUAACUUUUUAUCUAAAAUACUCCUAAAUCGGUAAAAUAUUGACUUGAAUCUAUCUUUAAAAUAGUUUUAAAAUUUUCACAUGUCGAAAGUUGACAAAAGGGAAAUUAUGGAUUAACGGGAGCAAUUUUAACAACUUUAACGGUUGAUUCGCAACAUUAAAUUAAUUGAAUGUAGUUUAAAGCUGCUGAUACAGAAUGGGGACUGGAGUUUUUUAUUUACUGUUAUUUUUGUAUAUUUGUUUACUGCUAUAUGUUAACUUGAUACUGAAAUAGUAGUUUGGUUUAGCCUGAGAGUAUUUUUGAACAAUUUUGGAACAAAUGUACAAAAUAUUUUACAAAAAUGCAUCAAUAAUCGUUUUAGAAUCGAAUCGGACCAUCUGAAUCGUAAUCGUAAUCGAAUCGUUAGGUGCCCAAAGAUUCCCAGCUCUAGUUACUAAUUCUAACCACUUGGACGCCAUGAAAUGUAUGCAAAAAAAAAAAAAAAGUAAAGGAAUUUAAGACUACGCUCCCCAUGCUAAAUGCUAAUGCUAACGCGAAUGCUUUGCUAACACUACGAGUUACAUUUAGUGUGUGAUGAUCACUCAGUACAGACCUUUUAAGGGGAAAGUACCAUUGCAUAAUCUCUCUUGCAAACAUAGGAAAACAAAUCUUAUAAUGUACUUCAAAUCACGCAAGCCUGGAGCCUAGCCUAGCCUGGAGCACAUCCCAAACACCAGUAAAGGGAUAAGGGGGGGGGGGGGCGUAGCACAAGUAACAUGAGUUACACGACUCAAAGACUGCUACGAUGCAGGCUAACGUACUACACGAACAAUAAGAAAAUUUCACGCAUUGUAAACAUAUGACAGAAACUAUUUCGCAUUUUCGUUUCGUUGCCGACUCGUCAGACGAGAUCUGCCAUUUGUCCCGACAUGUUUUAGUCCUCCAAGACACGAUUUUAGCUCGCCAUCGACAUGAAAAGAAUUGACGAAAUAUUUGUUACAGUUGUCCGAUAAUGACCAUUUAAUAACGAUAACUUUAAAUACGAAAACGAUAUUCCGAAAUUGUCAAACUCAAAAAAUCCGAUACCGAUAUAUGCGGUCGUGGAUUUAACGUAUUAUGGCUAAUUGUAUUGUGAUGCCCAGGUGAAAUGGUCGUUCACAUAAGCAUCCUAAUUUGGAGACACCUAAUGGUCAAGAAGUAUAACUGGUGUGCUAAGCCCUGACCAGCCCUUGUACAAAGGCAGAAGGCUUCCAUGUACAUUCAUUUUGAAGGCAACAUGUGUAUUGGCCCAAAACCGAUAAUGAAAAACCGAUAUUGACAUCAUCAAAACAUCAAUGGAUGAGAGGUUAGGAUGGGAUGUGACAUGACAAAAUAGGGAAACCAUUGGAUGAAACAUGAUGGGACAGGAGUGUAAUAUGACGGGAAGACGCAAGACAGGACAGGCAUUUUGAGCCAGGCAGGGAUAAUGGUAUUUAAAUAGUACAGAGGUGAUUGGUUUAGUCGUAUACCUGUCUGAGUCUGUCAAGAGUAAGGAUGUUCUCAAGACUGAGCACACUGCGCAAGUACUUCUCAAUAGCAGCUUCGUCAUCGGCCGACUCGCUGCUGUGAGCGUUAGCGGCGAGGCGGGCCAGCAUCUCCCUGUCCUCUGAUCCAGGGGAGUCCUAACGAAAAGGAAAAAAAAUACUCUUGACUCUCAAAAAGUUUGAGAAACCCUGCUUUAGUGGUGGGCAUCCUUACCCCUGGGAUGUUGGAGACCACCUCAAAGGUGACGCCACAUCCAGGGAUGGUGCUGCGCGCGGACAUCCUCCUGAGGAAGUUGUGCGCGAAGCCCUGACGCCCGGGGUUGACGUUGACGCAGAUUCUCUUCCUCAGCACUAGCUGCAUGUCGGCCGGGUGGCUGAGCUGCACCACCGUGCGCACGGUGAGGUACACCCGGCUGUCGGGCCAAGCGCCCCCGCGGCUCAGCUGCGGGCACUCGUGGACGGUGGAGUCCCACGAUGCUUCCGCCUUCACCUGGGAACAAGACGAAGCUCAAUUAAGCGAGCUCUGAAUCGCAACGCAUUCUCUCUUUACCUCGCCGUCGUAGUGUUUGACGAUCUGUAGGUCAAAGAAGUCGUCCUCGUCUUCGCCGAUGAGCGUGGCGUCCCAGCCUCCCGCGUCAGGUACCUCAAACUGGUCUUGGGAGCUCAAGUCGUCAGCUGGAAACACAAAUCGAAAGUACCAUAAUUUAUAUACAGCAGGGAUGUCAAAGUCAUCGUAGCUAUAGCUUCUUACAGAGGGUCCUUUUUACAGAUGUUUUAAACAUGUUACUUCAGAAUGUGAAUUAUUUUUUAAACAAUAUUUUGUCCCAAAUCUAUUUGACAUGUGUUUGAAAAUACCUGUAUCCAUAAAAAUAUAAAGUGAGUAAAGUACUUCCUAUACCAAAAGGUUUUGACAUACGUUUGAGGUUGAGAAAGAGGACUGGAAUGUGAGUCUCCAUUCCUGGGAGUGGAACCCUGUGGACAAAAACAAAAGUUUAUUAACGUGACCAUCAGCAUUGAUGAAAGUCUCUUUCAUGAAAUUUAAAGUUGAACACACAUUGGGUAAAAAAAAUGCAUUAAAAAAAAAAAAAAAAACCUAAACAAACCAUUCUGCAGGGGCUCCUGGAAUACCACUGCCUGCUGAUGGCACCAUGACGGCGUUGCGCUCUUCUGUCAGUGUCAAGCGCCAUUCAAGCAGCUGCGCUUCCCUCUCCAUGUCGUCUUCAGUUUUUUCUGCAUGCCGACACUCAGGAUUAAGAUUUAUAAAAUAAUCAGAACAUAACCGUCUAAUAUUUUGCCUACCUGCUUUGCUAACCAGAUUUUGCAAGUGCUGGUCCAAGUAUUCCUGCCUCUUGGUGAGCGCUGCCAACCACUGACGUCGCAAACGUUCCAGGUCUCUCUCCUACAAAACAAAAUGGAUAGUCAACUCAAUUUCACAAAUUCCAUGUUUUUUGGUCUUUAGCACCAGCCAAAAACUGCACAUUGAAGAGGGGAAAAACAUAUACGAGUAGUGGUGGAUGAUAUGGCAAAAAAAUCAUAAUCUAAAUUUGUUGGAAUUAACCCUUUAAGUAACCCUACAAAAUAACUACCGGUAUCCAAAAAGUCCAAAAGUAUUGUAUUUUGUUUAAUGAUGGAGGAUACACUGCCCUCUGGUGGCAGCACUGGAUCUGGCCAGAGUGUUGCCUUAUGACUGAGGAGAAGACUCUCGUCUAGCAUGGAUAAAGGACAGCUGCGCUCUGGUUUGACCCACAUAAGGCUGUAAGUUGUUUCAGCUAAUACAUGUUUGUGUGUGCAUUUGUAAUUAAGUCUACAGCUACAGUUUGUUGAGUUCGAUAUGAAAAUUGUAAAUAAGUUAGUAAUUGUAGCAUUUAAGAUAGCAGACUUUUGUUAGGCAA